AUGGGCGUGAUGGCCCUCGCCACCAUCGACGCCAAGCAGCCAGAGGGCGUCCUGUGCACCGCCGGGUUCUCCUCGGUCACGCUCUGGCGCGAGCGGGACCGCUGGGCGCAGCCCGCCUCGACGAUCAGGCCCGCACGCGCCUGGGAGAUGCUGCUUCCGCUCGUCGCCAUACUGGUCACCUCCUGGCACAAGAUGGCGCUGGCCUUCGCGCCGGGGCUGCCGUGGGCGCGCCUGGCGGUGUGGCCGAUCUCCUCGCCGCUGCGGCUGACGCUUCUGGAGCUGGAGCUGUGGGGCGAGCCCGUGGUGCUGGCUUGGUACCGGUGGGCGCUCGCCGUCAUGUUCGGAGUCAUCUUCAUAGUCAUGGCAAUCGUGGGGCGUUGCCCUGGCUUCUACCUUAUCAUGACCGUCGGCUCGCAGUUCGUGGUCGUGCCCAUGGUGAAGAACCUGGCGGCGCAAUGGACGUGGGACUCCGAGAGGAUGGGCAUCGGCGACGACACGCAGCUCGUGCUGGCGGUGAUCUCCAUGAUCCUGCUGUUGCCCUACAUGCUGCUGUGCGUGCCGGGCGCCCUGCAGGUGCCAAGCCACUUCUGGCUGAACCCCUGGACCUGGCGCCAGGCGGCCGAAGACCGUCUGAGGGGCACGCACCUGGGCAGGGCGAGGCCGGGCGAGCAGAGCCUGCUGAAUUCGCUGUUUUCGCUGGCCGUGCUCAUCGCGCUGGCGCAGAUCUCCCUGCUCAACAAGAAGUUUCACGCACUCCAGGGAGGCCUCUCGCUCCUGCUGGUGGUCGCGCACCUCCUGGUCCACGGCGUGUCGCCCCCGUUCGAGGACCCCGCGCUCAACGCCUUCUCGGCCACGCUGCACGUCGCGACGAUGUGGAUCUUCUUCUGCGCCCUGGUAUCGUCCGGCACGCCCGGCUUCGGGGCCUUCCUGCUAUACGUAGGCCUGCUGUGCAUCACCGUGUGCGGCGUGCUCGUCGUCAGGGCGCGGUGGGCCAAAUUCCGGGAGCAGGUGCCCCGCUCCCCGGAGGCGGUGACGCCGCGGAAGCGGAAGCGGGGGGCGAGCAAGUCAGCCAUGGAGGCCGUCUCCGAGCACUCGGAGGCCUCGUCAUUCUGA